GAACUUCCGCCCCCCCCUCAUGUACACGAAUCCCUGGCGUCAUUUCCGGUUGAUGGGAGUGACGGGUCAGAAGGCGGAGAAGGAAGAUGGCGGCGCCGGAGGAGCGGGAGCUGAGCCAGGAGCAGACCGAAAAACUGCUGCAAUUCCAGGAUUUGACAGGAAUAGAGUCAAUGGACCAAUGUCGCCAAACUCUGCAACAACACAACUGGAAUAUAGAGGCAGCUGUCCAGGACAGAUUGAAUGAACAGGAGGGAGUUCCCAGUGUGUUUAACACCACACCUAACCGGCCGCUGCAGGUGAAUACCGCGGACCACAGAGUAUAUAGUUAUGUGGUAUCCAGGCCACAACCAAGGGGGCUCCUAGGGUGGGGUUACUACCUAAUAAUGCUUCCAUUCCGUAUCACGUAUUACACUCUGCUUGAUAUUUUUAGGGUUGCACUUCGCUUUAUUCGACCAGAUCCACGAAGCAGAGUCACUGACCCAGUUGGGGACAUAGUCUCCUUUAUACAGAUGUUUGAAGAGAAGUAUGGCAGGACACAUCCUGUGUUUUACCAGGGGACCUAUAGCCAGGGCCUAAAUGAUGCCAAACAGGAGCUGCGCUUCUUGUUAGUAUAUCUACAUGGGGAAGAUCAUCAAGAUUCUGAUGAAUUUUGCAGGAACACCCUUUGCACGUCAGAGGUCACUCAUUUUGUCAAUAGCAGAAUGUUAUUUUGGGCAUGUUCCACCAACAAGCCAGAGGGAUUCAGAGUUUCCCAGGCCCUGCGUGAGAAUACCUACCCCUUCCUUGCCAUGAUCAUGCUGAAGGACCGUAGGAUGACUGUUGUUGGUAGGCUGGAAGGUUUAAUUCAGCCGCAGGACUUAAUUAACCAGCUGACAUUUAUCAUGGAGGCUAACCAGACAUACUUAGUGUCAGAGCGACUGGAACGGGAGGAACGGAACCAAACUCAAGUACUGAGACAACAGCAGGAUGAGGCGUAUUUGGCAUCCCUGCGUGCGGACCAGGAGAAGGAACGUAAGAAGAGAGAGAAGCAAGAACAGAAAAGAAGAGAGGAGGAGGAGGCACAGCUUAGACAGCAGGCAGAAGAAAGGAAGAAAAGGAACUUGCAGGAAGAGAAGGAGCGCAGGUCAGAGGGUCUCCCAGCAGAACCGCUACUGGACCAUCCUAAUAGUGUGAAAAUAAUUUUCAAGAUGCCAAAUGACACCAGAGUGGAGCGAAGAUUCCUCUUCACACAAUCGCUAUCGGUGAUUCAUGAUUUUCUUUUUUCUUUGAAAGAGACACCUGAGCAGUUCCAGAUAGUGGCAAAUUUUCCUAGAAGGGUGCUGCCAUGCUUUCCUACUGAGGAAGUCCCUGUGCCUCCCACCCUCCAGGAAGCUGGACUCAGCCGUUCACAGCUUCUCUUUGUACAGGAUCUCACAGACGAAUGACAAAUAUCUAUUUUUAUUUCCCCAAGGAAAUUUGGGGAAGGAAGAGAGAUAAUAAGCCAGGUAGGGAGGAAUGAGAGAUACCAAUUCUCAUUGAAACACAUUUUUUUUUCCUUAAUGACUGCUGCUACUGACUGUAUCCAGGCAAGCAUGUAGCAGUGAAUCGUCUCUCCCUAUUGGAAGGGGAUGAAGGCCAGAUGACCACGAACAUUAGAAUGCAGAGAGAUGUGCAGGGUCCCAUUUGGUAUUUUCAGAGUGACAAAUAAUCUGUCCACUUUCAGGAGGCAUUUGCAGAGCAUUGCCUUGCAUGCCUCUCCACCUUGGCAAAGGAAGAACCACCUCUACGGAGUUUACACCCACAUCUACCCCUCAAACAGGUUUUGUGAGGGGGUAGAACUGUUGUCAUUUUUGUUUGAGAGACAAAAUGAAACACCUUUCCUGACUCUGUAUAAAGCAUUUUUUGUUUUUAAAUUUACCAUUUUUUCCUUGUUACUUUCUAAAUAGACCAAAGGAGAAAGAUCGGCAGCUGUCUCCAUCAUUAAUGGAUUUUCAGCGGAUCCAGUUUUGAAGAGUGUGUGUGAAGGAUGUCACUUCAGGAUUGAAGGGGUCAUGGUAAUUGCCGACCCUUCCCCCCUGUAGUGUAAUAAAGGCAAUAUAUAGUGACUGGUCUCCCUGCUUAGAUGCCUUCAUGUCACUAGUAUACUGUAUGUCCCGACUGGACUAUAUUCCAGAUUAUAAUUUAUUCCAGAUAUUAAAAACAUUUUAGAGUU